AUGAAGCCAAUCAACUUGUUGAAUGAGUUGCAAUUUCAUGAGAUGAAUGAUCUAGAUGUUGCCAAGUCAAUUGGUCAAGAUGAAGUAAAGACUAUUGCUCUCAAGGCCGAACCUAGCAAGACGGUUGAAACAAGUGAGAAGCCGUCAAUGCAAAAGAAGAAAGUUGAGUCAAGUGAUGGAGAUAGCACCGAUGAAGAAACGGCCAUGAUGGUGAGAAACUUCAAGAAGUUUAUGAAGAAAAGAAACUUCAAGAGAGGGACGAAACAAAGAACGUGCUGCAAGUGUGGUGCAAAGGAUCACUUCAUAGCGGAUUGUCCUCAAAAUGACAAUGAUGAAGGUGAAGACAAGAAGCACAAGGGCAAGAGCAAUGACAAGAGUUAUGACAAAGAGAAGAGGUACAAAGAAAAGAGCAAAGUGUACAAGAAGAAGCAUGCCAAGGCACAUGUUGGUGAAAAAUGGGAGUCUAGCGACGACUCCGACAAUGAGGGCACGACAUCUCUUGCCUUGCUCUCCACAUCAUCAACACCAAAGCUCUUCAACAACUUCUUCGAUGAUGAAGAUGAAGGCCCUAUGUGCCUUAUGGCCAAAGGGACUAAGGUAUCAAACUAUGCCAACCCUCCAUGUUCUCCUACCUCCACAUCUAGUGAAGUAGAAAAGGAUUUAGAUGAAGAGGAGGUCCAACUCUAA